AAGUGUUUGGGCUCAGUGGCACGGGGCCUUCCGGCCGAAGAUCAGGUGUGCCGCCGGCAUGAGCAAAGAUGAAAGGAAUGGAUAUGCACCACUGCAACACAAGAAGGACAAAGAAGCUAAAGACCAGGAGGCACAGAAAGCUUUGACGGCAGAGCCACCAAAGAAAUACGCAGACUUUGCUGCCUGCUGCAGAAAGUUCCUCCUGGACUCGGCCCUGAACGUCUUGCUGCUCACGGUGCCUUUUGGCAUCCUGGCACCCAGGCUUGAGUGGAGCGACCAGGCUAUUUUUAGCCUGAACUUCUUGGCCAUCUUGCCAAUGGCCAAAAUGCUAGGGACGGCAACUGAAGAGCUCGCCGACAGUGUUGGUGAGACGCUGGGUGGGCUCUUGAAUGCGUCUUUCGGAAACGCGGUGGAGAUGCUUCUCUCAGUUUUUGCUCUGAAGAAGGGCCUGGUGACAGUGGUCCAGGGCAGCUUGCUGGGAAGUGUCCUGAGUAAUCUCCUUUUGGUUUUAGGCAUGUGCUUCUUCUUCGGUGGAAUCAAGUAUCACAAGCAGAAGUACAACGCGGAUGGUGCCCGCGUGCAGUCCAACCUGCUACUGCUCUCUGUGCUGGCCAUGGUCAUCCCUUCCCUUGUGGGCGUGGUGUCGAGUGAGGAAGGGAUAUCCUUGCAGAUGUCACGAGGCGCAGCAAUCAUCAUGGGAGUCCUCUAUGGCCUGUACCUGAUCUUUCAGCUCAGAACGCAUAAGGAUUACUUCGAGACGGAGAACGACGGCGGCGAAGAAGGGGCGGAGGAGCCAGUGCACCCAUUUGUGGCUGCAGUGCUGUUGAUGUUCAUCACCCUCGCCGUGGGAGUCUGUUCAGAGGGCCUGGUAAACAGUGUGGAGGGCAUCACCAAGAACAUGGGCAUCUCAGAACACUUCAUUGGUGUGAUCCUUCUGCCCAUCGUCGGCAACGCUGCUGAGCAUCUCACAGCUGUGGACGUAGCUAUGAAGAACAAGAUGGACCUGUCCCUUGGUGUAGCCUUGGGCUCUUCCUCUCAGAUCGCCCUGCUGGUGGUGCCUUUCACCGUCCUGGCCGGCUGGGCCAUUGGAGUUCCGAUGGACUUGAACUUCCGACCGCUGGGUACUGGAAUUUUGCUGGUCACAGUGCUGAUUGUGGGCAGCGUCACCAGUGACGGAGAGUCCAACUGGCUCGAGGGCGCUAUGCUCAUUGCUGCUUACAUCAUGGUCGGCCUCACGUUUUGGACAAUGUGAACCGCCUCGAGUGAACAGACCGCGGCGGAAUUGGAAUGGAAGCAUGGCCUGCCGUUUGUUAAUUCAAAGCUCUGUAGCAGCCAGAACCAGGUGAGCUGUCAGUCUGGCAUAGAUGCAGAAACUUGUACCCCAG